CCACCAUUAUGCAUGUGAAAUGCAAUCAGCCACUGUGCUUCAGGGUGUCAGCUGAUGGCUUCUGCUGCUGAAGCACCUACUGGGAGCAUCCUAAGUGUGUAUUCUCUCUUCCUAUAAGGAUAAUGCUUGUAAUAAUGUCCUGCAGGUCCACAUGCCCACCCUGCCACCCACCUACUCCUCCAGGAGCUGUCUAAGACAGAUACUGUUGCAUGAUUUAAAAUGGAAAAAUUGCUCUGCGGCAUCCUGGUGUUUGGAAUGGCUCUUACAGUCAAUGCUUGUCCAAAAUACUGUGUCUGUCAGAACCUGUCUGAGUCGCUGGGGACUUUGUGUCCCUCCAAGGGUCUCCUUUUUGUACCGCUGGACAUAGAUCGAAGGACUGUUGAACUCCGUCUUGGGGGCAACUUUAUUAUCAAUAUCAGCCGACAAGACUUUGCCAAUAUGUCUGGACUUGUUGACCUUACUUUGUCCAGAAACACCAUUAGUUACAUACAGCCCUACUCUUUCACUGACUUGGAGAGCCUUCGGUCCUUACAUCUGGACAGCAACAGGUUGCCUGAGAUUGAAGAGGAUACGUUAAGAGGUUUAAUUAACCUUCAGCAUUUGAUUUUAAACAACAACCAGCUAAGCAGCAUUUCUGAUGAAGCCUUUGAGGAUUUUUUACUGACACUGGAAGACUUAGACCUUUCCUACAAUAACCUCCGAAACAUUCCCUGGGAAUCUAUAAGAAAGAUGAUAAACUUGCAUCAGCUCAGUUUAGAUCACAACCUAAUAGAUUAUAUAACAGAGGGGACAUUUGCAGAUCUUCAGAAAUUGGCCAGACUGGAUCUAACAUCCAACAGACUUCAGAAGCUCCCCCCUGACCCUAUAUUUGCCAGAUCACAAGUUAUUCCAUUGGUUGUUACACCGUUUUCACCACCUCUGUCCCUCAGCUUUGGGGGAAAUCCACUGCAUUGCAACUGUGAGCUACUGUGGUUAAGGCGGCUUGAAAGAGACGACGAUAUGGAAACUUGUGCUUCUCCUCCAAGUCUAAAGGGAAGGUACUUCUGGUAUGUACGGGAAGAGGAAUUUGUUUGUGAGCCACCUCUUAUUACACAACAUACUCACAAGCUGCUGGUUUUAGAAGGGCAAACUGCCACGCUGAAGUGCAAAGCCAUUGGGGAUCCCACUCCCAUCAUUCACUGGGUGGCCCCUGAUGACCGUCUCAUUGGAAACUCCUCAAGAAUAGCUGUCUAUGACAAUGGCACCUUAGAUAUACACAUCACCACCUCCAAGGACUACGGAACAUUCACAUGCAUAGCAGCCAAUGCUGCAGGAGAGUCCACUGCAACAAUUGAACUCUCUAUUGUUCAGCUUCCUCAUCUCAGCAACGGCACAGGCAAAACGGCUCCACCGAAAUCCAGGCUCUCGGACAUCACCAGCUCCACUAAGUCAAAUCGCGGUGAAACAAAAGGCCCACCAGAAAGGGCUGUCCUGGUGUCAGAUGUGACCACUACCUCAGCUUUGGUCAAGUGGACAGUCAGCAAGUCGGCCCCUCGGGUAAAAAUGUAUCAGCUGCAGUAUAACUGCUCAGAUGAUGAAGUCCUGAUCUACAGGAUGAUACCAGCUACAAACAAGGCCUUUGUUGUAACCAACCUUGUUUCUGGAACAGGCUAUGACCUCUGCGUCCUGGCAAUGUGGGAUGACACGGCCACAACCCUUACUGCCACCAAUAUUGUGGGAUGUGCCCAGUUCUUCACCAAAGAAGACUACCCUCAGUGCCAGUCGAUACACAGUCAGUUCCUGGGUGGGACCAUGAUUCUGAUCAUUGGAGGCAUCAUUGUCGCAACUCUGUUGGUAUUCAUUGUAAUUCUCAUGGUCCGAUAUAAGGUCUGCAACAAUUCCCAGGGGAAGAUGUCUAAUGUCAGCAACGUCUACUCACAGACAAAUGGAGCACAACUAGUUCAGAACGGAGUCUUGCCCCAAGUCAAUCCCAAAGUGGUGGUGAGAAAUGAACUUAAGGAGUUUAACUGUCAAUCUGCACGGAGCAGCAUCUCUUCUUCGUCCAGCUCUGCAAAUAGCCAUGACUGUGACAACUACAGUCUCCAAAGUGAGCAGGGCACAUUGUCCAGUAAAUGGAGGCCUCCUUCCCGGUCAAAACACAAUAUUGACCGGCUAAUGGGAGCCUUUGCCUCCCUGGAACUGAAAUGUCAGAAAAAGGAGGAAAUGACAGACUCCAGAACUUCCACCGUGGCCCGCCACUCGGACAAAGAGCCACUGCUGGGCCAGACAGAGUCCAAUAUCCACAGCUUCCUCAUGUUGCCUCUGGAGGGCAAAACUAAACGUAGCCAUUCUUUUGACAUGGGGGACUUCAUCACAUCUCAGUGUUGCACCUACCCAAAAAAGAUAACCAACAUUUGGACAAAGAGGAGCCUCUCAGUCAAUGGAAUGCUUUUGCAGUAUGAUGACAAUGACCUAACAGGGGCAAAAGGGAUUUUCGGGAGCUCAGAGUGGGUAAUGGAAAGCACAGUGUAAAUAUCAGUGUCUCCCCACUUCUCCCCUCAUGUGUUAUAAAACAUUGUUUGCUUCAGGGCCAUGAACUUGGAAAGAGAGGGGAGGAAACAUUUUCUGUUGUACUGGCCAAAAAGGCAAACAAGCAAGUUACAGGAAUAGUAAAAGAGAAAGAGGGUCAUGAAAUGUGAAUAGGCACAUAUGGUACCAUUCUUGUCUGGCCCCAGCUAAAUCAUGUGUGAAUGUUUCAAGGAAUUUGCUAGUUGUAUUUAACAUUGCUUUCCAUAAAUUGCUCAGACUCUUGGUGAACCUUCACACAAGACUAAACAAGGAUGAUGAAAAGGGGUUUAACAGCAGAAAUUUAAUUUUACAGGGUUUCUUUUUACCUUCUUUCUUUCUUUCUUUUUUUUAAUGGUACCUC